AUGGUUAUAUCAUCUGUAGAAAAUGCAUCCAAGCUUGACGCUGCCGAAGUUCGAGCGCUCAUCGGCGGAGCAGGACUAUCACUCUCCGACCGUGUGUUCGAAGACUGGCGUAUCAUCCUUGGAGCCUUUGAUGAUGCCGCGCAGCUCUUCUUGAAGGAGGACGAUGGUCUUCCGGUCCCGAACCCGGCUCUGUACAUCAGGACCGACGUCCACAUCCCACAGGAACAGGACAGCGACAAGGGCGGGUGGGCGACGCGAUGUACCAUCAAGAGUACCACGCCCAAGAGCGCGCUGCUGGCCGGCCGCACGGUUGCAAUCAAGGACAACAUUGCGGUCGCUGGCGUCCGAGUCACCAACGGUCUCGCACCGGUCAAUGGAGAAUGGGUUCCGUCUUACGAUGCUACCGUUGUGACGAGGAUCCUCGAUGCUGGCGGCAUAGUCACGGGCAAGGCUGCUUGUGAAAACGCAUGCAUGGAACCCGUCUCCAAUACUUCGUACACUGGCGCCGUCCACAACCCGUACGCGGAUAACUAUACCUGCGGAGGAUCCAGUAGCGGGUCGGGGAGGUUGGUCGCCACCGGUGCUGUGGAUAUAGCUCUGGGAGCGGACCAGGGAGGUUCGAUCCGAAUCCCAGCCGCACUCUGUGGCAUUGUCGGCCUCAAACCCACUUGGGGGUUGGUUCCCUAUACUGGAAUCCUCGGGCUACAAUCCGUCAUUGACCACGUCGGUCCCAUGACCAAGACCGUGCGAGACAAUGCGCUGCUGCUUGAGGCGAUUGCCGGGCCCGACGGAAUCGACGACCGCCAACCAGCCUUUAUGGCGCCCGGAUCUUUACAGUUUGUCAGUGGUCUGGACGAGUUCCUUGCCGCCGGUGCGGGCAAGCCACGGGACCAAGUGCUGAAAGGGUUCAAAGUGGGCGUGCUGAAGGAAGGGUUCGCGGGCAAAAGGGUCAACUCAUGCGUCGCAAAGGCCUGCCGUUCGGCCGUCGCCGGCCUCGAGGCACUGGGCGCCGAGGUGGUCGAAGUCUCGGUCCCAGACCACGAGAAAGCCUGCUUGGCCUGGCUCUGUGCGAUGCCGCUGCGCGGCGGUCGCGAAGCACUCCUCGGCGACACCACCGGCCGCAAACAGCUGGAGAUGACAGACCGCGGUGCGAAGGCUGCCCCGGCCAUGGGCCCGGCCGCGAAGGCGCGGCUUUCACAAGACGUCUUCGACUCUCUCUCCCCCGGAGGCCAGAACCUGUACAUGCGCUAUCUGUACUCAAGCGAGAAGUACGGGGCGAGCUUGCACGCCAAGUGCACCAACAUCCUGAGGAAGGCGACGCAAGCGUACGACGCCGUCCUCGCUUCUGUCGAUGUCAUGGUCAUGCCGACUGUGCCCUUUCCGGCCCUAUCGUUCCCCAAACUGGCCGGCGAUGGACCUCUCGAGCCCCUUACCUACGCUCUAGGCAUGGUCGACAACACCGCACAGUUCAACUCCACCGGCCAUCCCGCCCUGUCGUUCCCCGUGGGCUUCGUCCCUGCUGCGGACAAUCCGGCAAUCAAAUUGCCCACCGGGCUCCAAAUUGUUGCCAGACGCUUUGACGACUUGACCUGCUACAAGAUCGCCGCAGAGUGGGAACAGAGUAAUGACUGGAAGACCUUGGUGUUCGGGAACUAA